UAUUUUCCUUUAAUAGGAAGUGGUUGCAGUUUCUACGUCAUUUUCCUCAUCCCAAACGUACUGCCACUACCAUACGAGCCUUCCUCGAAACAACACAAUGCCCUCAAAAUUACGUUUCUUCACCUACUUAAUUAACCUCUGCAACUCUAUCUGUCUAUCAAUCUCUGUUUAUCACUUCAUUUUCUUGGCGUUUGGACGAUGAAGAACGCGGCAACCAAUGUUUGUGCAGCGUCUUCUUCACGGAAUUCACUCACUUAUCUUAGAGCAAAGCCGCAGUCUCUUUCCAUAGAAAAGAUUGUCCCCAAAUUCAACAGUGCGCUUAAAAGACAAUGCGAUUUGCAGGUCCGCAACUCACCCAAACGAGUUGUGAAGCGCCUGCUCAGAUCGCUGUCUAAAAGAGCUCAGAAAUUAGCCUCCAACUUCUCCCCUUGCAGGUGCGCGACAUUCCGCUCUCCGCUGCCAAAAUCAUUCUGCGAAUCUCCGCCGCCAAAAUCAUUGUGCAAAUCUGGCGAGGGCAUCGAGGGAGAGUUGUGUGAGGUGUUUAAAUACCUCGAUGCGGAUGGAGAUGGCAAAAUAUCGUGGGUGGAACUCCAGAGCGCUCUCAGUUGCGUUGGUGAGGAGGUGGGCGAGAAUGAAUUGCAAGAGAUAAUAAAGCAGGUGGAUUCUGACGGAAACGGGUGUAUUGAUGUGGAUGGAUUUAUACGGCUAAACUGUGAGGAAAGAGGAGAGGAAGAAACUGAAAAAGAAUUGGCGGCGGCAUUCAGGAUGUUUGAGGGAAGUUCAAAGGGCAUUACUCCUGUGGGACUCCAGCGUAUGAUGUGCCGCCUGGGUGUGGAAAAUUGUGCGAGUCUUGAGCAGUGUGCUUUCAUCAUCUCUCAGGUUGAUUUGGAUGGAGAUGGAGUGGUGAGCUUCAACGAAUUCAAGCAGAUGAUGACAGGCGUUGUUCACUAAUGAUCUCCUCCUGUUUAUAUAUUUAUCAAUCUCCAGUUUUUGUUCUCCAUUGCUAAAAACAAUCAUUUUGGGGUUCUGUAUAUUUUUCCGUCAUGGGCUCUGUAUAUGCAUGGCUCUUAUUUUCUAUUCCACAAAUUCGGAAAAGAGAAAAUCCGUUUUGUACUUUGUAGUUGGAAACGGUAAACUGCAUGUAUUUCGAACCUGGGUUUUUCUUAGGUUAGCGGAUAUCGAAUGUAAAUGUAUUUCUUAGUAAAAGUAUUAUUUCUAUUUCAAUUCCGAUGCUGCCAGCGGUUUUUUCGUUCCAUGCCGCGAGCGUUUUACAAAUGAAGUUUUAUUCAA